ACUGAACGCUGGAGACUGUGCGUUUCCAUUAGUAGCCUGAUACAUUGCCAUCAUCUUUGGGUUUUUAUAACAGUGCCAGAGCCGACAGCUGCAGCAAUAACAAUGCAAGAGGUUGAGCUGUGGGCUGGCGUCUGCCUACGAUGAGAUCAUACAACUUUCUCAGUCAGUUAGGAGCCUGAACUUUAAACGCACUAUGACCGCUUCACCGGGACCUACGUGUCCACUAGAAGUCAUUUCUCAUACUCAAUUGAUUUCUGUAGUGGCGGAACGCGGAGCUGUAACUGAUUGCCGGGCAAAGUCUUCUUGCUCUAGUUGAUCUGCUGCUGUCCUUGGUGAUGUACAGACCAAUCCAAUUAGGUUUCACCUCUAGGCAGUGAUGCAACUCGGAGAGCUUCACCCUCUCUCUGUUCUCUCCCUAGGCUGCUGGGUGUCAUUCUGCAGUUUACUCUAUGCUGCGCUUACUCUCCUUAGUGCAAUUUUUACGCGUUCGACAUCUGCAGCCAUCCCGUCUCACCAUAUCACGCGUCGAUGGAGGUAACGGUACUCUUUGAAGAGAUUUUUUCGCGCAACGGCUGUUCGUUUCUGUGUAGCUCUGAAUUUUUCUUCGAGACGAACAUUUUUUUUCUUAAUAUCUUUGCAACAAAAUGUGGGACACAUCUCUAGUUAUCGAAGCUUCCACGGAGAACACGGAAUCUUAGCCUCCUGGAAAAAAGAGAGUCCCGCAGCCUCUUCUCUUUUCCCCUAGCCAAUUGAACACAGAGGGGUUUGCAUGCAAAAGGUGGUUUAUUCCAGCAAGUCAUGGAGGGACUGGUCUAAGGAGGACCCGACAUAAUAAGCCUACUGUGCCACCUGUUCUCUGGUUCUGAUUCAGUUGCGGUUCGUUUUGGCAAGCCUCACCACCCACGGCCCCGCUCACCAUGGCAGAGAAGGGUACCAGUCCUGGGGCGGCAAAGGGCGGCGCGCAGUCAGGGUCAUCAAUCCCACCGGAGCCUAUCGACAUCAUCCGGACCAAGGCCCGCUCCCGGCGGGUCCGGAUCAACGUCGGGGGGCUCAAUCACGAGGUCCUGUGGCGAACCUUGGACCGGCUGCCCCGAACCAGGCUGGGCAAACUGCGGGACUGCAACACCCAUGAUGCACUGAUGGAGGUAUGCGACGACUACAGCCUGAACGAGAACGAGUACUUCUUCGACCGGCACCCGGGCGCCUUCACCUCCAUCCUGAACUUCUACCGCACUGGCAAGCUGCACAUGAUGGAGGAGAUGUGCGCGCUCUCCUUCGGCCAGGAGCUCGACUUCUGGGGCAUCGACGAGAUCUACCUGGAGUCGUGCUGCCAGGCGCGCUACCACCAGAAGAAGGAGCAGAUGAACGAGGAGCUGCGGCGCGAGGCAGAGACUCUCAGGGACAGGGAGGGGGAGAUCGAGUUUGACAACACCUGCUGCCCGGACAAGCGCAAGAAGCUCUGGGACCUCCUGGAGAAGCCCGGCUCGUCCGUGGCGGCCAAGGUCUUGGCCAUCAUAUCCAUUCUCUUCAUCAUACUCUCAACCAUCGCAUUGUCCCUUAACACCUUGCCUGAACUACAAGUGAUUGACGAAUUUGGGCAGGCCAACGAUAACCCUCAGCUUGCGCACGUCGAAGCUAUCUGCAUCGCCUGGUUCACCAUGGAGUAUCUCUUGCGUUUCAUGUCCGCACCUAACAAGUGGAAGUUCUUCAAAGGGGCGCUGAAUAUCAUUGACUUGCUGGCUAUAUUGCCAUACUAUGUGACUAUUUUCCUGACGGAAUCCAACAAAAGUGUUCUGCAGUUCCAGAACGUGAGGAGGGUGGUGCAGAUAUUCCGUAUCAUGAGAAUAUUGAGGAUUCUCAAACUUGCCAGACAUUCUACUGGAUUGCAGUCCCUUGGAUUUACAUUGAGGCGAAGCUACAAUGAGCUCGGCCUGCUAAUAUUGUUCCUGGCAAUGGGGAUUAUGAUAUUCUCAAGUUUGGUGUUCUUUGCUGAGAAGGACGAAGAUGCCACCAAAUUUACCAGCAUUCCAGCUUCUUUCUGGUGGGCAACUAUCACUAUGACAACAGUCGGCUAUGGAGACAUAUACCCACAAACGUUGCUGGGCAAAAUAGUAGGUGGACUUUGUUGCAUUGCUGGUGUGCUGGUCAUUGCCUUACCCAUCCCCAUCAUUGUAAACAACUUCUCUGAAUUCUACAAGGAGCAGAAGAGACAAGAAAAGGCGAUCAAGAGACGAGAAGCCUUGGAGAGGGCGAAGAGGAAUGGCAGCAUUGUGUCCAUGAACCUGAAAGAUGCCUUUGCUCGGAGCAUGGAGCUGAUGGACGUGGUGGUGGAGAAGGGUGAGGAAAAGUGUAUGGACAACCAUCUCUCAUCAAGCCGAUUGAGCAUCCCGAAACGCACCGCUUCAGAGAUAAGCCUGAGAUCGAUGGACAAAAAAUAUCAAGAGCCCAUUCCUUUGGGCUCACAAGAGUGCAUUAAAAAUGCUAGUCCGCAGCAUCUCAACGUGCAGAAACUGGAGGAAAUGUACAACCUGAUGACCAAGUCACAGUCUUUCUCCAAUCUCCACACUAUGCCAGCGAUCACUCAGACUGAACUGCCCCUGAAACCAGAAGUAGACCUGGAACUGAAGGUGGUGUUGACCCCCGAGCCGCCCAAGGACAAGCCCAUCACUGAGGUCAGGAGCAUAUCGAGCGUUGACAGCUUUACAAGCUGUACCAACGAAUUUGGUGAGGGUGACAAGUCUUCCACUUCCUCAAACUCCGCCGGACAGGGGCAGACAAAGCCUCAGAAGCCUCCCCCACUGGAUCUGAGUGAGCUGACCCCGCCCGAGACAGGGUCCGAGCACACGAGCAGUCAAGGGACCAUCCUCAAGGACGGCCUUUACGAGCUCGACCCCACCAACCUGAGCAGUGACACCCUGCUCCUAAGGGAAGAGAGCGAGGAGGAGGUGGACCAGGUUGCCGACAACAUCCGGAGCUCCAUAAGGGGCACCAACGGGGUCAAGACGAAGGGUCUCAAAGUCAACUUCAUCGAGACUCCGGAGGAGGUGCCCCUGACGCCUCCCAGCACCUGCUCCCCUCAGGAUAUCAGCAGCCGCCUGCUGGAGGAUGACUCCCCCGAUGGGGAGCACUCCUCACUUUGCCCCGAAUCCAAGCCCCUCCUGGAGUUGCCGGAGGAGGAGGAGGAGGAGGAAGUGCUGCCGUUGGGCAUUGCAGAGGAGGGAGACCCACUGGCGACGAAAAUGGCCCCACUUGCGGGGGAGAUCAUUGAAGAUGAAGAAGAGGAGCUUGGGGACUUGACUCCAGAGAACUCUGAGGAGAAGGGGAAGCUGGAGGAGGGGGGCGAGGAGGAGGCCAAGGCGGCCUCCAUGGGAGCCUCCUCACACAAAGCUGCCACGCAAAACUGCACCCAAGGUGUGGUGGGCAACGCAGGCGGAGACGACAAAGCCGACAGCAACCAAAGCGGACUCAAAGUGGAGAACCACAUGUUUACGCCAGAGAUCCAUCUCAUGCCGGGAGAUGCCGAAACGUCCUCUGCUUGUGAAACAAGCAUGUGACUAUGAUAGUGUGGGAUAUGAAUAUGCAGACCCACAAGAGAAACACACACAGGGACACACAGAUGUACUGAAAGUGAUAUUUUUGCAUGGCAUGGAAAGUCCCUUUUAACUGUGUCGAUGUUUGAUAUUAAUAUAAUGUGAGACUGCAGUCUGCAGGCAAGACUUGGUAUGAGUGGUAGGCCUGAGUGCUCAGGAAGAGCAUAUCUAUCCAUUUAUGAGGACGUUUUUGAUCUAAAACUGUACAUUUGAACUUUAUGAUUUAUUUUUUUGUUCUUUUUCUAGAGACAUUGAGAAAUGCACAGAGAGAUGAAUCAAAAGAAAAAAAAAGCAUGCAUCUAAAAAAAAAGAAAUGUCAUUUUACGGUGCUUAGUCUGCUGAAAGCGCUCCACUGUAUAUAUAUUAGGGUGACAACGGUUGUGGAAACGCCGUGAAAGACAGGACACAACUUUUUUUUCAAAGGAAAAUGUUUCAAUCACUGAGAAGCUUACAGUCCGAGUUGAUAGGGGGGUGGGGGGAAGAGUUGCAAAGUAGCGACCUAUGAAAACAUAUCAUAACUUUUUGUGGAAAUGCAAAAUGUGUACCAUGAUGCAGAUACAAUGUUUUGUGUUGAGAGUCAUCCAUGGAUUGUAACGUUAUGUGUUUUCGGUUGGCAUUGUAAUUGGUUUGAUAUCCAAAUUAAGAGUCAAUAUCAAUAACUUCAGACUUAAAGACCAGAAUUUUCAAGAUUGAGAAUUGAUCCUCCUCUACUGAAAUAGUGUGUUGCAUAACAUGAUCACUUGUAGUUGCCAAAUACAUCAUCACUAAUAUACAUAGAAGCUUCUAUAUAUUUAGCACAUAUGAAGUUGGCUGUAAGUAGUAAGUCCUAGAUGAAUAAACAAUGCCAGCUUUAGAGAGUUUGCAGAACCGUCAAAGGCCUAACUUCCGUCUGAUAAAAACUUUUUUCAUUCUCAUUAAAAAUAACCCACAUGCACCUGACUAUAAAUCAAUCAGUCAGCUGCACAUAAAUCAUAGUAAUAGAUGUUGAAGCUUUUGUGGGAAGUUGAUAGAAUCUAACUCCCAAGAGAAUGCCACUAAUGAAUCCAAUAGUCCUGGUCGUUAAAUCUUGCAUAUGAUGCCGCAGAUCUCAUUUACUGUAACUACACAAUUACCACAGAAUAGGGUAUUAUUAUUCAUACUGUCAUUAAGACGAACGACAUAGUGCUUUUAUUUACUAGUGUGUCCUACUGUAUUCAUGUUCUCCAACCAGAAACAGAAGUGUAGUACUGCAUGCAAGUGUUAUGUUUUUAUUUUCUCAUGGUCGGUGUCACUGUAUUGUCGUCAUGUCCGCCAUUACCAUACUCAGACCAAUCCUGUUAGGCAUUUAUUCAGUUAUGUUAUUCAAUACCUUUGAGUGUUCAAGAUAAUUUUCAAUCACAGUAGUUUGUUAGAUUGUGAAUACUGGUGUUACAUACGCUCAACUCAAUUUCAAUCAAACUUUAAAACCCAAAGUUUUACCUUUUUUGUCAAUGAGUGAGAGUAUAUAUUUAAUGUUGCCUUUUAUUCCUACACUGCUGGAGAGUACAUUUGUAUAUUUAUUUUGCUUUGGCAUGACUACGAGUGCUAAAACUGUUUUCCGUAUACCGCAUGAAAAUUAACUGAGCGAAAUGAGGGGGGUAGUAUGUGUGAGGUGAACUAAACAUAUUCGUUGGUUUUCCCUGUCAAGUAGAGUCGAAAAGUGCAAUACAGCAUACUGCAAUCUAUGCAUGCCAAGGAAUUGGGGCACUUUAUUUGCAGUCCAGUGAAUUUGUAAGUGUACAGGCAUAAACGACACUUGUAUUUUUCAGAAGAUGUAUCUUUACUAUUUGAAAUAAUGACGUUACCACUCAACAUAUGAACUUAAUAUGAAAGCAUUUUACUCCAGGAGGUAUGUGUGGCUGACACAAUCAUGGAUAUGCUGUACAUGAUGUCAGUCAUCCUCACUUUCAAAGUUAGGAUUAAUCCAACCAAGAGGGCCUUUUGUAGUUCUCUACAAAAAAGUCUUUCUUAGAUUAAUGUCUGAAAAGAAUCUACAAAUGACUAUUACAUUUUAAUUAUUUUAAUGGCCUCACACAAAGUAAGUAUUUUUGUUUUGUGAAUCAAUGUUGACAGUGAUUCUAUUUUUUCUAAACCAAAAUCAAGCACGACCACAAUCUCCUGCCAUGUGGUGGUUGAAAUGACGCGUGUUUUUUCAUAAAAUGAAAAGGCUACUAGUCACUUGGCUUUGUUCAUAUAGCACUGUACAGAAAAUUCUAAUUUUUAUAGGAUACAAAUCAGGUCUUUAUGUAAUAGAUACAAGUAAUAUAAUUGAGUUCUCAGGUUUUCUAUAAUAUUAAUGUUCUGAUAGGGUAGAAUUCUUUUUUUUUUUUUUUUUUUCAUUAUUUUCAGGUAGCACUGACUCUUUCUUUGUUGUUUUCAUAUGUUGUUAAAUACUCAUUGAUGUCUUUGAUAUCAAUGGAGCAGAAUCACAAACGUAGCUCCUUCUUACUCCAUCCAUAUCCGUGUCAGAAUCGAGGACUGUGAACGAAGAGAAACACAACACACUGUCCUCAUUUGUUUGUGCACAUUGGACAGACAAGUCAGCAGAAGAGAGUGGCGUCAUCUUAGAGCAGGGUCUGAAAGAGUUGUGCCGGACAGACAAGUUUCACCAAUCGGUGGCGUUUGCCGUGAUUUGUCGUGCGUGUUGUCAGUGAACAAACACAACCCACAAGAGAAGGAUGGACAGAAAAUAACACAAGGGCACUGAUCAAAGUCUUUCCAUGAAGGGGGAAGAAUGAAUCUGUUCUGCUCCUCUACGCAUAGUAUUCCAUACAAGCAAGCAGCCACGGUUGUUAAAACUCCAGAUAGUAUUAUUUAUUAUUGAAACCUCUGAGAAUGAAUGAUAAUGGGCUAGUCGAUGUCCUAAGGGAAAACCAUCUUUUGCACAUACAGCAUUUACAAAAUCCCAUACAGGACUCGAUUUCUUUUCUCCACCAAUAUAGAUGUCAACAGUGUUUGUAAUAACUGAACUGAACACACAGACAAACAACCUGGGUUGUAUGCGUUGAUGUUUUGUUAUUAGUGCAAAUGUGAGGACAAAUGUAGGAACAGUGGACUCACAAUCACAUUUAUGUGUUUGUUUCUAUGCUUGUCUGUUUAUCACUUGUCUUUUCUAAAGUAAGGUAUGAUAUCUUUUUUUUGAAAACUCUGAUACUAUUUAUUUCAGUUUAAAAUUUAGUUUCUCUCAAAUUUUUUUCCAUUUGUAUUUAACAUCUCCAUGUGAAUAUAGACACAUCUCUCAUUAAAACAAUGGGAAAUAGUAGACCAAUCGGGGAUUUGGUUCUGGACAUCUGUCUUUCAGGAUGGUAAUUGAGUGGACGCUGAAAUUAACUCUGUGAGCUAAUAGCGCAAAGGACUGCGAAGCAUGUCUCUGUCUCUCUCUCUAUCUCUCUCUCUCUCUUUCUCUCUCUUUCAUCACACUAUCACUUUACGUUGUUAGGACGAGUGUGUGCGAUUUUAUUUUCUUUGAAAGAAAGGCUAUCGUUUCACCAUGUUUGUCACCCACCUGUUAUAACAGCCAGCCCUCCCAUGGUAUAACUGCAUCAUUGCAUCCUCCCGAGUCCUCCUGUGUUUGCCUGUUUUGGGGGUUUGUUUUUUGAUUUCUUUUUUGGUUUUAAAAAGGUUUUAUCAUGUAACUAGGUAUCAUUAGACAACUUUGCGCAUAUCAGCAUUUGUAUGCAUGUAGUAAACUGUGUGACCACUGAACACUUUGUUAUGGUACAUGUAUGUCAACAUUUCUGUAAGAUAAACAGCAUUGUUCCAUAAGUCUACUAGCAUAUGCAGGAUGAAAAAUAAACAUGUAUAUAACUCCUC